AUGGCUAAGAACUCUAAAAAUGUGGAUAUUCAACAGCCUUUAGAAAUGUCCGAUGAAUUAGGUUUGAACUUCCUGUUUAGUGAAGCAAUUCAGUCGAGACUCACAGGUGACAAAGUUUUACCAGUCCGUGCGGACCUAGCUAGAAAAUGUAAUAAAGAAGAAUUUCUUAUAGCUCUAAAGGACGAUAAAAGUUUAACCAAUAAGGAUAAAGAAGAACAGCCAACGAGAACACUCCUGCUCGUCUCUGAUGAGCAGGAUCCAGAGACUGAGAAUGGAGAAGCAGAUAUUCCUUCCUUUUUGAAUUCUUUACUACAGACACCCGAGGCCGAAACUACGACGCUAACAACCCCUACUGGAGACGACGGACAUGACCUUCCCGAUACUCGGAAACGCUACGCUGCUACAACGACCCCAAUUCCAUCUCCAAGGACUAUAUGGGGAACAGAACUCCAUCAGGCUAAAGAAACGGUUCCAGGUAAACCCUUUACAGAUGUUUUUGAAACAGAACAAGAGGAAGUCCUAUUGGAUGAUGAACACGUUCCACCUCAAAUCUCUUUAGCCCUUUUGACUACUAUUCAAUCUAAGGAGAAUUUCGAACGUCUAGAACGUAUUUUAUCGCUUCAAACCUCCUUUGUAGAAGCCCAGAGAAAAUUGAAAAGGGAGAAUUUUGAACGUGAAUCUUUGCUUUAUGAACGGGAAGUACUGAGGAAGAAAAGAGAAUCGAGUAAUAUGUAUACAAUCCCUUCAUUCGACCUUAGUAAAGCAGCCUCUUUGAUGCCUAAAUUUACUGAGGAUAAUUUAGAUUCAUUUUUCGAGGCAUUCGAAAAUCAGGCGAAGGUGAUGCAAUGGCCUCCUAAAUAUUGGGCUGCUUUAAUACAUUCAUCUUUAAUAGGAAAAGCCCAAACCAUAACUGCAAACUUACCUUUUGAACAAUAUUCUGAUUAUACUCAGGUAAAAGAUUGUCUUCUGAAAGCUUACGAUUUAUUACCUGUCAGUUACUUGAAGAUGUUUAGAACUCUGAAGAAAUAUCCUCAGCAGUCUUGGGUGGACUUUGCCAGGGAAAAGCUCUCUGCUUUCGAGCGUUGA